AUGAAGACCGUUUUCUUGUGCUUGGCCCUCGUUGGCUCUUCGGCUGCCUUCUUGUUCCCACAAGCCGGCGGCGGUGGCGGAUGUUGGUGAGUCUUUACCUCUAGUUUGCUCUUAUUUUAUUAUUCUUUUUAAUUGGGCACCCUGAGUGGCAUUGUAUUCAAAUUCACCUUUCUCACAUUUCAGCCCACCCCCAGCCCCAUCUUGCGGAUGUGCCCCACCACCACCCCCACCAUGCGGCGGUGGCUGCGCCCCACCCCCACCCCCACCACCAGCCCCAUGCGGUGGAGCCCCAAUCGGAGGAGGAUGCGGUGGCGGUCCUAGCUAUGCCGCUCCACCCCCAUCGUUCGCUGCCCCAGCCCUAUCAUACGCCGCUCCAGCCCCAUCCUUCGCCGCCCCCGCCCCAUCAUACGCCGCCCCAUCCGGCCCAAUCGGCGGAGGAUACGCCGCUGGCCCACAGGUCGCCCCAGCCGGAGGAAACGCCUACGCCGGAAAGAAAUAA